AUGGCAAAAUUACCUGAGAAAAAAUCAACGAAACAAUUAUCUGGUGUCAUCGAGCGCACAGCUAUUAACCCAACUGGACGUCUUGGCUCUCUCUAUGAUGGUAUUCGAGAUAUUCUAAUUGGUGAAAUCGACGCAAAAUGUCGAUAUCAAUGGGUACAGUCAUUUGAACUAAGUAAAUUCGAACUUAUAAAAGGUACUGUGGAUUUGAAUUUCAAUCUUCUUAAAUGCAUUGGUAUCCAAUCAGAAAUUCGAUUAAGUUUAUUGUUAAACACAAGGAAACGAUCUGGUAUAGCAGAUGUUCUUAAUUACCCUCAUCGUGAAAAAAAAGAACAUUCGAUCACAAAUUUAAAGCAACAAAAUUUUGAUUAUAUGAAUGAAGCUGAAUAUAAUAUCGAUCAAAACAAUCGUUUGAAGACGGUCGAGCAUAAAUUGUUAGAAAGUGAUCAACAUAAGUUGUUUCUCUGUUCCAAUGAUACAUUAAACAAGAACAAUUCUUCAAACUUGGCUGGCUUGAGAAAAAUAUCUAAAAAACGCCAAAGUAAUCCAUCGUUAAACCUUACUUCUGUUGAUAUUUCUAAUUAUUCGUUUCAACAUGAUGAAAUAAUAGCAUUACCAUCAAAUAAUAUUGAUUAUAGUAAAACCCAUAUAAACCAGAAUAUCUCCUCAUUAGAUAAUAUAUCUCAGAGUCCUUCAAUAGUGCCAUUAUCUGCAUCAUCGUUAGUAUCAAAUGAUGGAACUAUUAAUAUUCUUCUUCUUGGUGAAACUGGUGUUGGUAAAUCAACCUUUAUCAAUGCAUUUGCCAAUUAUCUUUUAUUUCAAUCAUUAGAACAAGCCGAAUCAAAUGAACUAAUUGUUGUUAUUCCUGUAUCAUUUAUAAUGACGACUGGUGAGAAUUUUGAAGAACGUACAGUCAAAUUUGGCGAAAUUGAUAAUUUUAAUAAUGAAAAUUUUAACACUGUUGGCCAAUCAGUGACACAACAUUGUAAAUCUUAUGCGUUUGAUCUCAAGCGUAGUAAUGAUAAGAAUAGGAGAAGAAAAUUGCGCAUCAUUGAUACGCCUGAUUUUGGCGAUACACGAGGUGUGGAUCAAGAUAAACAGAACAUAGAACAUAUUUUACAAUAUAUCAAUAACCUUACACAUUUACAUGCUAUUUGUUUUCUUCUCAAACCAAAUGCAUCAAGAUUGAAUGUCUUUUUCCGCACAUGUUUUAUGCAACUGUUUUCUUUUCUUGCCCCAACAGCUCAAAGAAAUAUUAUUUUUUGUUUCACUAAUGCUCGAUCAACUUUUUAUACACCUGGAAAUACAGCUCCAUUACUCAAAAGAAUGCUGGCAUCAUUGUCGACGAAUGAUAUAAGUUUUAAAAAAGAGAAUACAUUUUGUUUCGAUAGUAAAUCAUUUCAAUAUUUGGUUGCUUUAUGA